AUGUCGGGGAUGAAAAUAGCAGCGCUGAGAGACUUAGACUAUUCAGCGUCCUCUCAUAAAAAAGCAUCGAGGCGUCAGCAUAUCCAAAAUGGAAAGCUGAAAUUUAAACGUAGCGUGACGACAAGAGUUUCACAAAACGAUGCUUUGUCCGAAUUAGAGGAAGGCCAGAUACCGGGGAUCGCUGGAUAUGGGGCCAUAUCUUCAAAGCCCACCACUCCUCUCUUGGAUACAAUUAAUUUUCCAAGCCAUCUCAAGAACUUGAGCGCAGAUCAGUUGGAACAGGUCGCGAAAGAACUCAGAGCGGACUUGAUUUAUAACGUGUCUCAAACUGGUGGUCAUUUGGGAUCAAGUCUCGGUGUCAUAGAGCUCACAGUCGCGUUAAAUUACGUUUUUGAUCAACCAACUGAUAAGAUCAUAUGGGAUGUCGGUCAUCAAGCUUAUCCUCACAAGAUUCUCACUGGACGCAGAGAUCGCAUGAAUACGAUAAGACAAACGGAUGGUUUAUCCCCGUUCACAAAACGAAGCGAGAGUCCAUUUGACUGUUUUGGCGCAGGUCACAGUAGUACAUCAAUAUCUGCUGGUUUGGGUAUGGCAGUAGCUCGUGAUAUGCAGGGCAAAUCGAACCAAGUUAUUGCUGUCAUUGGAGACGGUGCGAUAACAGGUGGGAUGGCUUAUGAAGCGAUGAACAAUGCAGGCUAUCUUGAUACAAACAUGAUCAUUAUAUUAAAUGACAAUCAACAAGUAUCGUUACCGACACAGUACAAUAGUUUAAAUCAAGAUCCAGUGGGAGCUUUAUCUUCAACUUUUGCUAGGUUGCAGUCCUCGAAACCUCUUCGCGAGCUCCGAGAGUCUGCGAAAGCGAUAACAAAGCAAAUGCCAACUCCCGUGCAGGAAGUCACUGCGAAGGUUGACGAAUAUGCCAGAGGUAUGAUUAGUGGUUCAGGUGCUACCUUAUUCGAGGAGCUUGGGUUGUAUUACAUCGGAACUGUGGACGGACAUAAUCUUAAUGAUUUAGUUGCAAUUUUGCAAGAAGUUAAGGAAACAAAGAGUGUCGGUCCUGUCCUUAUUCAUGUGGUGACAGAAAAAGGUCGCGGAUAUUCGUUCGCUGAAUCAGCUCAAGAUAAAUAUCACGGAGUAUCGAAAUUCGACUUAGCUUCGGGCGAGCAAAAGAAGGCGAGUACAACUAUUCCAACUUAUACUCAAGUCUUCGCAGACGCAAUGGUAGGUGAAGCUAUGCUUGAUGACAGUAUCGUGGCAGUACAUGCUGCAAUGGGAGGGGGAACAGGAAUAAACCAUUUCGAAAAAUAUUUUGCAGAGCGUACAUUUGACGUUGGUAUUGCAGAACAACAUGCCGUUACUUUCGCUGCCGGCUUAGCUGCGGAAGGAUUGAAACCCAUGUGCACAAUUUAUUCAACUUUUUUACAGCGAGGAUUUGAUCAGGUUGUUCAUGAUGUUGCACUCCAGAAGUUACCUGUGCGUUUUGCCAUGGAUCGUGCCGGUUUAGUAGGUGCUGAUGGUCCUACGCACGCAGGUGCAUAUGAUAUCACCUUUAUGGCUUGUCUCCCUGACAUGGUAGUGAUGGCACCCAGGAAUGAAGCAGAACUAUGCCAUAUGAUAGCUACUUCUUUUGCGAUUGACGAUUGUCCAUCUUGUUUUCGGUAUCCACGCGGCCCUGGUAUUGGUCUGGAUUUAGAAUUGGAAGGAGUUAAAGUCGGCAAUCCAGGGUAUAAAGGUGUUCCUUUGGAAGUUGGAAAAGGCCAGGUGUUGCGCGAGGGCACACACGCAUGUUUGUUAGGAUAUGGAACCCCAACGAACAACUGUUUAAAAGCAGCCAAACUGCUUGAAGAGUACGGCAUUAGCGUAACAGUUGCUGAUGCAAGAUUUUGCAAACCUUUGGACGAAAAGUUGAUUCGUCGCUUGGCAAAAGAACAUCCAAUUUUGGUCACUGUAGAGGAAGGCUCGGUAGGAGGUUUCGCCUCACACGUGCUUCAAUUUCUGGCUCUUGAUGGAUUAUUGGAUGGUAACUUGAAAGUGCGGCCACUGUUACUCCCCGAUGUUCCCAUUGAGCAUGGUUCUGAUCAAUUUCAACUCGAGCAAGCGGGUUUGACUCCAGCUCAUAUCGCAUCAACUGUUUUAUCUCUCCAAGGGAAGACGGCGGAAUCUUUACAAAUUCUAGCAAAAUAA